AUGACUGGAUCUGGGACCACAUUUUCAAAAGGUAUGGAAAGAUAUUAUAAAAGAAUUGAUCCAAAUUUAUCACAUCCUCCGGCACCGAAAGUAGAUAUUGAUUGCAGUACAAAAAGCCAUUGCAGUACAAAGAGACAUUGCAUCUCAAUUGAUAUGAGUGAUCUUCCUACUGAUCCUGGACUGCGAAUUCCAAUUUCAGAUUAUAGCCUGAAUAUUCAAGAUCAAAUUCGAAGACAUUAUUUGCAGCAAGGGCCUUGUCAACCAAAAAAUCAUAAAUUUCUUCCGAAACUUUUUGGAGGCGUGGAGCGUCGGUUCAACAUUGAAUGGUAUGAUCAAUUUCCUACUUGGUUAGAGUAUAGCAUCGAUAAAAAUUCCGCAUUUUGUCUAUAUUGUUAUCUUUUUAAGCAAAAUAAUGGAAAACAAGGUGGUGGUGAGAUAUUUGUUAGUAAGGGUUUUUCAAAUUGGAAGAAAACAGAAACAUUUGCAAAUCAUAAAAACGACAAAGAUCGAAAAAGUUAUCGUGUUCGAUUAACUGCAUCAGUUGACAGUAUUCGAUUUCUUCUACGACAAGGUCUUGCAUUUCGUGGUCAUGAUGAGUCUGAAGAUUCUAAUAAUCAAGGUAACUUUCUUGAACUUCUAAAUUUUUUGGCUGAUCAUAAUGAGGAAGUUAGAGCUGUUGCUUUGAAAAAUGCUCCUGAAAACCUUAGAUUGACUUCCCCAAGGAUUCAGAAAGACAUUGUAAAUGCAUGUGCUAUUGAAACAAUUGAUGUUAUUAUUAAAGACAUGGGAGAUGCUGUAUUUUCUAUUUUAGUUGAUGAAUCUCGUGAUGUAUCUAUAAAGGAGCAAAUGGUUGUAAUGUUUCGUUAUGUGGACAAGAGAGGGUAUGUGAUUGAACGAUUCAUAGGCAUUGAACAUGUUCCAAAUACAACAGCAAUCUCACUAAAAAUAGCAAUUGAUAAGCUAUUUUCAAAGCAUGGGUUGAGCAUAUCUAGACUACGAGGUCAGGGAUAUGAUGGAGCUAGUAACAUGAGUAGAGAAUUCAAUGGUUUGAAGAGUAUUAUCAUGAAGGAGAAUGAAUGUGCUUUUUUUGUUCACUGUUUUGCUCAUCAGCUUCAAUUAGCACUCAUGGGUGUAGCCAAAAAACAUGAUUUAAUAGGUACUUUUCUCACUGUGGUAUCCAAUGUGGUGAAUAUUGUUGGAGCAUCAUCUAAGCGUCGUGACAUUCUUCGAGAAAAACAAGCUCAGAAAGUCAUUGAAGCCUUAAAAAGUGGACAACUUUCAAGUGGAAAAGGCUUAAAUCAAGAAAAUGGGAUUAAGCGUCCAUGUGAUACACGAUGGGGAUCACACUUUGGCACUUUGGUAAGCUUCACUAUCAUGUUUUCAUCUAUCCUUGAUGUACUUGAGGAAAUUACAAAUGAUAGUUUGAAUAGUGACCAAAAAUAUGAAGCAUCUAUUAUGUUACAAGUGGUGCAAUCAUAUGACUUUGUGUUUAUUUUGCAUUUGGUAAAAAAUAUACUUGGAAUCACAAAUGAGUUGUCGCAAGUCUUACAAAAAGGUGAUCAAGAUAUUGUGAAUGCCAUGGAUUUAGUUAAAGUAUGCAAGGAGCAAUUACAAAUAAUGAGAGAUAAUGGAUGGGAUUCCUUAGUAGAAGAAGUUUCUAAGUUUUGUGUGGAAUUCAAUAUCGAUGUUCUAAAUAUGGAUGGAAUUGUGAUAGAUUUACAACUACAAGAGCUAAAUAGUCGUUUUAAUGAGCCUAACACUGAGUUGCUACUUUGUGUAGCAUGUUUGUCUCCAAAUAAUUAUUUUGAUGCUUUUGACAAGGAAAAGCUAAUUCGUCUUGCUCAACUCUAUCCUCAUGAUUUUUCUACAGUGGAUUUGAGGGUACUUGAAUUUCAACUUCAAACUUAUGUUGAUGAUCUGCGUUCACAUACUGAAUUUUCAGAAUUGAAAGGAAUUGCUGACCUUUCAAAAAGAUUAGUGGAGACAAAUAAACAUGAGGUAUAUCCAUUGGUAUAUUUGCUUAUUAAAUGGGCAUUAACACUCCCAGUUGCAACAGCUUCAGUAGAAAGGGCAUUUUCAGCUAUGAACAUUGUGAAAAAUCAAAUGCGCAACAAAAUGGGAGAUGAAUGGUUGAAUGAUAGCUUGACUGUGUAUCUUGAAAAAGAUAUAUUCAAUACUAUUGACAAUGAGACUAUUAUUCAUCGUUUUCAAAACAUGAAAACUCGUCGAGGACAACUUUAA